AUGAAUAUUGACCACCAGCACCUGAUCAGUAAGAUGGAAGGCUUUGCUACGCAAGGGAUACAAGGUGCUGCUAAAAACCAUCAGCAGCGAGUUUCAGAACUCCGGUCAAAGAUCCGAGAACUAAUAAAUCAGCAGCUAAGAGUCAUAACCGAUGACCCAAAGGCAAAGAUGCACUGGAAAAACUAUUGGAGGAACAUUAUACAGUGCUACCAGAUUGUCAUUGAGGGCUGGCCCGAACAUAUUCCUUUUGCAAACCUCAGUGAAGUAUCAAGUGGCCUUCCAGAUUUAGAAAUGCUCUUGCACAAAUGGGAAUCUGGGGAGAUUCACUGGAGACAGCUCAGUGAAACAGGGGGAAGGAGCAGCUCUAGAAGAAUGUAUAAGAACACAGAGAUGGCGAACAGUGAUGAAGAAAAUUACUUGCCUGACCCUAGCGCUGCUGCAAAUACUCAACAGAUUGUUGGCACAGCUGCCACUGGAGCUUCCAUCAACAUGCCUACAUCGUCUACCCAGCACAUCCACUGGUUUGAGCACACUUCCUUUGCAGAUGAACAAGCACUGUUCAACAGCAACAGCAUCACGCCUAAUUUUACUGCAGAGCUCAACCGAAUGCUAGCAGAACUCAACCCAGGCAAUGCUACUGACAUGAUGAACUUUUAUGUGGGACUGGUUUUAGCCCUGGUGCUGGCUGACUUCGGACAUAGAGCCUUACAAUACUGGAUGACACAUGUGACCACCCAGUCUUACAAGGCUUAUACAUCGGGUAACCUAGGUGGUGCAGGCAAGACACUGCCUUUCAUUAUCCCAUCUUUCAUUCAUACAGACCACCUAACUGUUGUUAUAUCACCACUGAAAGCUUUAGAAGAAGCACAGUCACAGCAGUUCCUUCGUUGGGAAGUUUUGUCAACAGUUGUGAAUGAGGAUACAUACAGUCAUGACUUACACAAGUGGGGAGGUGAUUUUUGCCCUGCGUAUUCAAAGCUUAGCCAGCUUCAAUCAUUUGUACCACUCGGCAUACCUAUCUAUGCCACCUCUGCCACCAUGACACCAGAUGUUCUUGCCAACAUUCACAAACAGCUACAUAUCAAUAGCAAUGACAGACCUAAUAUCACACCCGAAGUGGAGGUCAUCCCCAGAUCUUUGUAUUACCCUGCGCUAGACUUCCUCAUGAGCAGAGUUGAGCAUACAUUUGAGAAGGUUCUUACCUCCUAG